GCGUCUCUCUUUCUCUCUCCAAGCAAUCAAGGGCUCGGGAGAGCAGAGAAAACCCUAGAAUCCUUCAUUGUCUGCAACAAUGGGUAUCUCGCGUGAUUCCAUGCACAAGAGGCGUGCCACUGGAGGCAAGAAGAAGGCUUGGAGGAAGAAGCGAAAGUAUGAGCUCGGAAGACAACCUGCUAACACCAAGUUGUCGAGCAACAAGACAGUUCGGAGAAUAAGAGUUCGUGGUGGGAAUGUGAAGUGGCGUGCAUUGAGGUUGGAUACUGGAAACUACUCUUGGGGGAGUGAGGCUGUGACGCGGAAGACUAGAAUUUUGGAUGUGGUUUAUAAUGCAUCAAAUAAUGAGUUGGUUCGAACCCAAACAUUGGUGAAAAGUGCAAUUGUUCAGGUUGAUGCAGCUCCAUUUAAGCAAUGGUAUCUUCAGCAUUAUGGAGUUGACAUUGGUCGAAAGAAGAAAACUUCUGCAUCUGCCAAAAAGGAAGGAGAGGAGGGUGAUGCUGCUACUGAAGAGACAAAGAAGAGCAAGCAUGUCCAGAGAAAACUGCAGAAUCGUCAACAGGAACGCAAGCUUGACCCACAUAUUGAAGAGCAAUUUGGCAGUGGCCGGUUGUUAGCUGCAAUUGCAUCCCGACCUGGCCAGUGUGGCCGUGCAGAUGGCUAUAUACUGGAGGGCAAAGAGCUGGAAUUCUACAUGAAGAAGACCCAGAGAAAGAAAGGAAAGGGUGCUGCUGCUUGAAGUGUUCUUUUUAAACCUGAAAUUCAUCUUAGAAUUCAGAAUCUUAUUUUUCCUUUCAUUCUCAAGGCAUGGUACUGAAGAUUGGUUGAGUUGACACAGUAAGCUUUAACGUUUAUUCUCAUGCUAUUGAAUGUGUUUAGUGAUUAUAUCAAACAUUACAUUUUUGUUUUUUGUGAUUUUAAAUUUUGAUGGGGUAGUACAUUCUUAACUUCA